AUGGUAAUUUGCAAGGAAGAAAAGUCGCGGGAAUCAACACCAGAGGAGCAAAAGCGCAUGCUAUACUGGAAACGAAGUCCUAUGACAGACCUAGAGGAUUACGCUGUUAUGGACGGUAUUCCACAUUACAUUAUAAAUUGACUCUUGGUAACAAAGGUGACGCUGGAGAACCAAUCAACGAAUAUCAGCUGGAAAGAAUAAUGGAAGAACUGAAAGCCCUGCGCAAUGCCAGAGGAUCAGCUCGUUAUGUACGACCGAGACGAAUGCUUUACUGGAGACGUUAA